UCUUUUCAAGACGCUGUCUUCCGUACUUUUGUUAUUGGACAGGCGCCUAGAGUGAUCACCGAUAUAGACUGUGACUCCAGAUAUCUUUCAAUGGCCCUAUUCAAAAAUGGCGGUAGCAUAAGCCUCCUGGGCCAUAGGUCGGUUGUAACCCGGAAGUACUCUUCUAAAGGAGGGGGCGGUGAAGCAAUCCGGAAGUGGAUGUAAUGAAGAGGUGCCACUUGGCGGCCAUGGCAGCUGUAGUAUCGGUGGCUCUGGGUCAAGGCCCAGCGGAGUGGAGUAAUAUGGGCAGUAUCGGGUAUAGGGCAGAGACAGCUUUGUGUCACCUUCGCUGCUGAACCCCUAAGCCCAUCGGUAGAGAGCUGCAGGACUCUUUCCCCAUUCUAGACUCGGAGGAGAGUUUGCCGGGACUGGUGGGCUGGUCCCAGGCUGGCAAGAACCGCCCCGAGGAGGUAGGGGAGCCGGGAGGACGAACAAGUUUGCUUGGGUUUUCCUCCUUUUCCUGCUGCCACCUGGGACGUUGUGGAGGGAGUGGGUCCAUUGUGCCACCAUUCCGACGAUUGAAGAAAUCGCCCUUUGCAUACCUUUAACUGUUAACCCUAGGGAAUCCAGUGAGUGGCGUCUGAAAACAGGGAUUGGGACCUGAGAUUGCUGAAAGUUCUCUCUGGUGCUAAUAUCAGCAAAAAGGGACUGUUUUCAGGUGCGUUCCAGAGAAGGGUUUCGUGAACACAUCUGUUGGUGAGGAGGACGAAAAAACUGGAAAGUCCACUUGUCUUGGAAUCACCACACGCGUUUAAGAACCUAAGCACCCUUUGAAGCCUCUGAAAAUUUGUAGUCUGGUGGCGGUGGGUAAAUAAAGGAGGACAGAAUGGAUGAUUUCAUCUCCAUUAGUCUGCUGUCUCUGGCUAUGUUGGUGGGAUGUUACGUGGCUGGAAUCGUGCCCUUGGCUGUUAAUUUCUCCGAGGAGCGACUAAAGCUGGUGACUGUUCUGGGUGCUGGUCUUCUCUGUGGAACUGCGCUGGCGGUCAUCGUGCCUGAAGGAGUACAUGCACUUUAUGAAGAUAUUCUUGAGGGUAAGCACCACCAAGCGAGUGAGACACAGAAUGUUAUUGCAUCAGACAAAGCAGAAAUACCAGUUGUCCAUGAACAUGAGCACAGCCAUGACCAUACACAGCUGCAUGCCUACAUUGGCAUUUCCCUCGUUCUGGGCUUCGUUUUCAUGUUGCUCGUAGACCAGAUUGGCAGCUCCCAUGUGCAUUCUACUGAUGAUCCAGAAACAGCAAGGCCCAGCAAUUCCAAAAUCACCACCACGCUGGGUCUGGUCGUCCAUGCUGCAGCCGACGGUGUUGCCUUAGGAGCGGCAGCCUCUACUUCCCAGACUAGCGUCCAAUUGAUUGUGUUUGUGGCAAUAAUGCUACAUAAGGCACCAGCUGCUUUUGGGCUGGUUUCCUUCUUAAUGCACGCUGGCCUAGAACGGAAUCGAAUCAGAAAACACUUACUGGUGUUUGCACUUGCAGCACCAGUUAUGGCCAUGGUGACAUACUUAGGACUGAGUAAGAGCAGUAAAGAAGCCCUUUCAGAGGUCAAUGCCACUGGAGUGGCCAUGCUUUUCUCUGCCGGGACAUUUCUUUAUGUUGCCACAGUACAUGUCCUCCCGGAGGUGGGCGGAAUGGGGCACAGUCACAAACCCGACCCCACUGGCGGGAGGGGCCUCAGCCGCCUGGAGGUGGCAGCCCUGGUUCUGGGUUGCCUCAUCCCACUCAUCCUGUCAGUAGGACACCAGCAUUAAACGUCAGGUUCCAGCCUCAGUCCGUGGCUGUCCAGCAUCCGGUGAGAACAGCCAGCGCGUGACAGCUGCUCACUUCCUCAGUGUCUUGUCUCACCUUGCCCAUCUCCACCUGUGUUCCUAGAGUCCGGAGGGAGGUGAGAUUAAAACCUGGAGUCAUGGAAAGCUUUUAGACGAGAAACGACACACCGCGACUGGAUGUGGACAUUCCGUUGUGUUGUUUUUUAAAGGGCCCUUGGCGUUUUGAGUUUUGAUGUUUCUCUUAACCCCUAUUCUCAGGGAAGAUGGAAUUUCAUUUUGAGGAAAAGUGGAGAACUUCAUACUCACGAUGAAAUAGUAAUUAUGAAAGUACAGUGUUCUGUAAUUAAGCUAAAUCUCUUUGUUAGUUUAGAGGCUCCGCCGCUUACUUUAUCCAUUGAUUUUUAACAUGGUUCUCACCGUGUAAGACUGGUGCUUUAGCAUCUCUGCCACAUGCCUUGAUCAAGGUCAUAAUGUCCACUGUCUUAGAUGCUAAAGAGAAUUGUCAUCUACCUGGGGCAAGAGUCAGGAAAAUGACGGCAAGACACAUUAAAAGCUGACUUUUUACUCGAGAGCUGUCCAUUGAACAGGGGGUGUCUGGAGAGACUUAACACCUCCUUUCACAUCUGCCUCUUUAAAGAGGGCCCGCCCUUCCAUCAAAUGGAGCCACAGAGAUGGACUAGCAUCGGAGGAGGUGACUAGUAUUUCUUUUUAAGUUCUCUUUUGCAGCGUACCUGCCUACAAUGCAUUCAUACAGAGGAGCCAAGUUCUGGUAGGUUCAGGCCUCCCCCCAGCCAUUCCUUCGAGAGCAGUCAGAUCCCAAAGUACCUUUUGAAAUUGAGGGGUAUUAAUUUUAAGUGAAUUUGGAUAGUGACUGACAUCUUUGUAGUAAUCUUUUUAAAAUUGAGAUUACCAAAACCUAUGUUGUCCCUUUUUUUUUUUUUUUUUCUUUUUAAGUAUUUAUCUUAGCAGACCGGCAGUCCCUCCGGCAGAAUACUCGGUGUCCCGUGGGAAGUGCUAGGUCAGCGUCACAUAAGCACCUGCAGCAGUGAAGACGGUCACGAUGUAUCACAAGUGGGAAGUGUUUGCCUCUUGAUUUAAAGCUUAUUGAAAUCAUGUCUCUUGUCUCUUGUCUCUUCAUCUUUUCCGUGCUUUCCUCCUGACUUGCCCCUCCAGCGCCCCCUCCCUCUAAUGUGCUGCUCACUGCUGACAGCGACGUUAGGAUUUGUGUGAAUUGAACUCUCAUCAGGACAACCACUUCUUGAACGGUGAUGAUGAAGAUGACAUUGUCUCUUUACUUUAUUCCCUUCAAUGAAGUCACUUUUGUGUCAAAUGCAACUCUGCUAAGCCCUUAAAAUGUCACUUCCUCAUACGUGAGAUGAUGCAGUCACUAAUAUUCUGGUAAUUUAAACAAUUGAGAUAGUAAAAGCGUUUAACAAACUAGGAUGAUUUUUCCGUGUUUGCCAAAGUCCCUGUAAAACUUUGUGUUACCGACUCAGUGUAUAAUACUGUGUUAUUAAUUUAUUUUGAUUUUCUGUACCAUUUCAAAAACACAUUAUAGAAAGAGGGAACCAAGACCAUUUUCUUCAGGGCAGUGGGUUUAGGAGUCCGUAAAAUGUUUUAUAUCACGUAUAUGCCAGCAUGCCUGUAAUUUCUUUAUUUCCGUCCUAGAUUUGUCACUGGGUCAGCAGCUAUGGAAAUAGACCUCGAGAGCCCCCUGCUGGCUGUAGACCAAAGUAGCAUAAAUAGGAGGCGGUUUCGUAUAGUGGUUGCAGCCAUUGCAUACGCGCUUAAAACCAGCAGAAGGUACAGCAUGGAAAGUCUGAGUGACUUUUCCUGAUAGCAGCUCUGACUUACGAAGAGUCUUGGGGCUUCAUGUGGUCCUUCAAGAUGUCAUGGUUGCCUUGAUUCUCCCUGGACAUUUACUUUGUUAAAUAAAUAGUACAUUUUAGUGUCUGGCCUGGUUUGGAUGGCAGCACUCUCUGCCAUACUGUUGUAUAAGAAAUGAUGAGAAAUUUGUUCUGCUGGCCAAAGCCUCUUGCAGCAGUGCUCUGCCAUCACUAAAAGUGUGGCUAGAAUAGCUUGCUGGGUAGGUGGGGCCUUGAACUCUGGCAAGGAUCGAACCAUCAGACUUCCAAAUUUGCCUUCCCCUCUGGACCUCACAUUAACAAGCAAACCUUUCAAGGCCUAUCAGCUCUCAGAAGCUAUGGGCUUCCCCAGAUUUUAAAGCUGCUGCCUCGGGAACUACUCCUGUGUCUCCUGGUCUGCAGGCAGAAAUAGCCAUACUAACCUUACAGGGCUCAAAUGCAUCUUCAGGCAGCAGGGGACCAAGCAGCAUGGCAGAGGCCUUCUUCACUGGGGGAAGAACUUGCUCUUGGUGGGCAGUGUCCCAGAAGAGGCCACAGCAGUGGUCGCUUACUGGCACAUUUCAGUUCUGUUUUCCUCUUGUUUAAAACUGCCUCCCGCUUUAGAUGUAGAUGCCUUAACGCUCUCACACAUUUGAAAACGUUGGCAAUACUUAAGCUGCUGCCAUGAUUACAGAUGGAAUUAUUGGCUACCAGAGAGAUGCAGUUGAUGAAAAGCAUGGUCCUUCCUUCCUCAUAACCAAAGCUAAUCUUAAUUGCAAUUUGACUCCAUUUCCUUGGUAGGGAUCAAUUUAUUCAGAUUCCAGAUGCACUCUUAAAUGGCAAAUUAAAUUGAAAAACACUACUGAUCCAUUCCCCUCACUUGUUUCCCAGUGAAUUGAUAUCAGUCCCCAUUUCCCCGAAGUGGCGAAGUUCCAGGUCUGGUGGCUUUCCUGCACCAGAAUGUAGUGAGUUGGAAACGGCUCUGUGUUCUCUCUUCCCCCCAUUACCUUUUUAUUUCCUUAUUCAAAACAGCCGAGUCAGCCGUGUUCCUGUAUAAUGAAUUAUUAGAAAAUGGAGAGAGGUGGUCAUUUGGAGGGGUCAGUUCUUUGUAAAGAGGAGACCAUGUAAGUGUGUUUCUUACCAGCCUACUUCUAAGGGUCACUUUCUGGUGUUUCUCUUGUUGGAGGAUUAGAGCUAGGAGGACACCCCCACAUCGGAGUAUAUUAUGCCCCUCAGACACAUGGUAGCCAGGUACUAAACACGGGAGCUGUCUGCCAACAGCACAAGCCCCCAGAGAAUGUUCUUGCCUACAUGGCUCCUGGGCCCCUUGGGAGAUUGAGAAUAAUGACCAGAUUCUUCUAAAACCACUGCAGUGCAAGGUGAUCUACAGGGGAACCGUCGAAGAUUUCUGGUCAAAACAGAAUGAUCCCAAGAGCACUGUUGGGAGAUGCCAUGAACUUAAAGCCAACGACAUAGCCCCCUUUGUAGCUGAGACAUCUAGAUCGAUCGCCUCAGGAGACUUGAGGGAAAUUUGUGACUUGUAGGAAAGGAGACAACCAUUGGGAAUUCUCUAGAUAUGCUCAGCCUAAACACAAGGAACUUGGCUUUGGUCUUUUUUCUGAUAGCAUCUUCUAGCAAGUUGGAAGUCUCAUGGGAUAAAACUGCAUUUCCCCUGGUUCAGUAGCCUGAAGAGUGAUUUUAAAUGUCCCCUUUUCUGGAUCCUUUGUAAACAUGAAAUCAUUCCAUGGAUGGCUGCCUUAUAAUUUUGUCUCUUUCCACGUUAAUUGUGAAUGGUUAAAAAAAAAAAAUUUUUUUUUUUGCUGUUUUCUGAUUUGUUUUAUGAUAUUAAAUUUUUAUUAGUGCAUA